AUGGGCCCUAGAUGCACAACACUUCAACUAGGUGGUGAUGUUAGUAUACCGGGCAAUGGGAACUCAGCAAUAAUAUUUAAUGGUAUUCCAUAUAACAUAUCGAAUAUAUUUAACAAUGCAUUAAAUAUUACAAUGGAAAAAUACAGAUCUGAAUUAAUUAUAAUUCAAUUUUCUUCAGUCUUUCUCAUGACAAUAUUAUGGUGUGCAAUUGUUAUAUAUAUUUCAAUCAAAAAGACAGUAAAUAAAGACAUUGAAUCUGUUCUGAAUAAGUGUGAUGUUCAACUUGAAACGAACAAUACAAGAUAUCGUCGAUAUUUAAUUGAACUUGAUGAAGCUUUGCAAGAAGUUGAGAACUUAUUGAAAAAUGAUUAUUAUUCUUUACAGUAUUUUGCACAACCAUUAGAAUAUAUUGAAAAUUUAUAUCAUUUGGUACGAUCAUCACCAGAUCUAUUGUACAUCGUGAUAUCAAAAUUGAUUGAUAAAAACUACGCUGGACUUUGUCUGGCUGUUCUUACAUUGAAAAAUAGAAGUCCUUGUGAAAAUUCUGAAGCAUGGCAAUCGAUCACUUCUGCGUUAACCGGUUUAAUUUUAUUUCGUUUGUACUACGAAUCAGUCAAGUCCGAUUCUCAAGAAGUGUAUGGACUUAAACAGCAGCAUAUUAUGAAUGGAUUUUAUGCUAUUGGUCAAUUAGAUUAUCGUGCAUUUGCUUUAAAAAAAACACUGACUAAUCUCAUUUAG